GGGGGAAAAGGACGUCCUAGCGCAUGCGCCACAUUUAUGUUGUUGUUUGUGGCGGUAAGAUGGCGGCGCUCGGAAACACCUCAGCUCCGGGGGUGAAUGGGUUAAUACAACAAUUCACAGCUAUAACAGGAGCCACAGAGAGUGUCGGACAACAUAUGCUGGAAGCAUGCAGCAACAACCUGGAGAUGGCAGUGACCAUGUUUCUGGACGGAGGCGGGAUUGCAGAGGAGCCCAGCACCAGCUCCAGUUCAGCAGCUUCAAGCAGCAGAGCUCCCCCUUCAGAUGAAGUACGAGCACCCAUUCCCCAGAAGCAGGACAUAUUGGUGGAACCUGAACCAUUGUUUGGAGUGCCAAAGCGAAGAAGACCAGCUCGAUCUAUAUUUGAUGGGUUCCGAGACUUCCAAACAGAAACAAUUCGGCAGGAACAGGAGCUGCGUAACGGUGGUACAGUGGAUAAGAAACUGAGCACCCUGGCAGACCUUUUCCGUCCUCCCAUUGAGCUCAUGCACAAAGGCAGCUUUGAGACGGCAAAAGACUGUGGACAACUAGAGAACAAGUGGCUAAUGAUCAACAUUCAAAAUGUUCAGGACUUUGCCUGCCAAUGCCUGAACAGGGACGUUUGGAGUAACGAUGCAGUGAAGACCAUCAUCAGAGAACACUUCAUAUUUUGGCAGGUAUAUCAUGAUAGUGAAGAGGGACAAAGAUACAUCCAGUUCUAUAAGCUGAACAAGUUUCCCUAUAUUUCCAUCCUCGAUCCCCGCACAGGUCAGAAAAUGGUGGAGUGGAAUCAGCUUGACGUGGCGUCGUUCCUGGAGCAGACGUCUGGCUUCCUGGCAGAGCACGGGCAGCUCGAUGGGCCAUCCUGUCACGCACCCCCUGCCAAACGAGCUCGCUCGGAGAGUCUGAUUGAUGCCAGUGAAGACAGUCAGCUGGAGGCAGCGAUCCGAGCCUCCCUACAGGAGACCCACUACGAGUCCUCAAAUGCCCCCGAACCCCCUGAUUCCCCCCGAUCCGAUGAGGAAUCGGAUGCAGAGCCUUUCUCUGACAGCGAGGGUCCCAUCUCUGUUGAUUGCUCAGACAGUGAAAUGUCAGCACCCCACGAAGAAAAAAGUUUUACCAACAAACACACCCCACUUCCUGCGGCCACUGCGGCCCAGCAGCGUCUACAUCCAGAUAGUUCUACUUCUUCGCAUAGAAAGUCUCCAUACAAAGAAAACAACCACAGUCACAAGAAGGAGGAGAGCAAAAAGAAUCACCUGGAGCCCUCAGCUGCAGGUCCUCGUCAUCCUCAACCUGAAGCAGAUUCUGGAGGUAACCACUGUUCCCCAGCGGCCGACAGCGCUGGACCUUCCAACAGCAGCACCGCCGAAACCUGUGACGUGGACUGUCCUGACGACAAUGGUCCCAAAGCCAGGUUGAUGCUCCGUUACCCGGAUGGACAGAGAGAGCAAAUUUCCUUGUCUUCUAAAGCAAAACUUUUGGCCUUGGUAAGACACGUCCAGUCCAAAGGUUACCCUAAUGAACGCUUCGAACUCGUAACCAACUUUCCCAGAAGGAAGCUCGCCCACUUGGACUAUGACAUCACGCUGCAGGAGGCGGGACUUUGUCCACAGGAGACUGUAUUUGUUCAAGAGAGGAACUAGCCUUGUCAGACACACUCACUUUUGCUUGUCUGUAUCUCUCUGAUAGACCUCACCCUUUCACCAAUGACCUGGGACAAUGUCACUGGCCUUGAUCCCAUAAACUUCAGUUCUCCUGGAAUUAGGCCCCGAUUUUGCCAAGACAAGUCUGAGUGGAUGGACUACUUUCCCCGCCACUCCACUAGUCUGAAUACUGACGUCUCUACUGACAGCCUAAUCCCUUUGUAGUGCUCUACAAUUGGCCAGUAAGGUUACGGAUGCCGGCACUCUUUCAUUUUUUUAAUGUGAUUUAUUCUUUUCUGAUGCAGGCUUCAUUUUGUUGUAAACACUGAGGCACAUCGGGAGAGAAUAUAUAUACGAUAGCUCAUGUUAAAAAAAUACAACAAGUCAAAAUAAUGGAUCACUGAUUGAAGAUGAGGCACCAGAGACUUGUACAAAAAGACUUUUACCUCCCAGAAAGGAUGUUAAAUGUCAGAGUUUAUUUUCUUGCUCUUUUUGUUAUGUUCUGUACCCGGAUACAGGUAAAGGGAGGCUCCUUCUAGAUUAUUUUGACCCAAAUUUGGUCUCUCACACGGUCAUUGUUUGAACAAUUGUAAUUAUUUGAAAGGCACUAAGAAAAAAGGUCCGGAAAUUACAAGUCAAGAAAAUGUGUCGGACAUCUGUGACACACUUGUGUAGAUCUCAGAGGAUUUGGGUUGAUCUGCACAUUUUUACUCCAGUUUCUAUUGGUUAAUUAGAGACUAGUAGAUUGUUUUUUGGUUUGAAUUUUUGAUACAGAAGGGAAUGAAUGAAGGGUGGUACAUCUCAUCAGUCGGACCUACACUGUACAGAGAUGGCUUAGAGAGACUGAUAUUUAGCUGUAGUCAUUGUUUCCUUUCUUUUUUUAUAUGCUGCCAAGAAAAUAUGCUGAUGUUGAAAUAUAACCACCAAAACCAAGGGCGAUUCUGCUUGGUCUUUUGUCACAUUUUAAAUGAACUUCACAGGCAGAAUGUCAAAUGUCAUCGGUAACGACCCAAACCGAAAACAAAUAUAGAAAAAUUAUGAAAAGAGAAAAGCAGCAACUCUUGAGAAUCAACUUCCACAACUUAAAAAUCAAAUGUGUAUUACUCUGCAUUGUGUUUUUAAAACUGUAUUUCAGGAUGCACCUAGCUAACCCUGAGCCCCUGCUGACUUUAGUUAAUCAAAUUAUCUUAGUAAGGCACAUUUAACUUUUUUUUUUUUUUUUUUUUCUAGCUAGGGUUUCAUGUCAGAUUGCUUGAAAUGAAACCUACCGCUGUAAAAGGUUGAGUGAAACUCAAACUGUUUUAAACUGAUGCCUCAACAUUUGUGACAGGAUCUGGAGUCAUGAGGUCGUGAGCUCAUGGAUAAAAUACCAUGUGGGCUUUAAUAAGCUGGAAUAUGGACAGUUGGUGGCAGUAAUGUGCCUUUUGUAAUGGCAACAAUUCUUCAUUAAAUAAGGUGAAACAAAUGAAUACUACAAGCCAGUGUAAAUAAUGAAGGUUUUAAACUUUAAAUGAGCUUUACUUAUGUUUUAUUAAGUAAGCAAUUAAUACAGUAUUUGCAGUUGGGAUGUUUGACGAAACCAAAAUCUUUGUUAACAAAAAAAAAAACUAAGUUGUCGCAAUUGGUCUUGGAGAGCAGCUGUUUUCCUUUUCUACUCAACUUUUCUAUAUUUAAAAGUUUUUUUUUUUACUAAGCACAAAUGGAGGUGAUGUGUGCUGCCAAGUCAGUUUACUAAUAUCAGAACAAACUGUUAAACUGUCACAUCAGAAGAAAACUUCACACAUCUCUUUCCUGAGACAGGUGCGUAGGAGAAGGGGGAGCGGAUCAAAAGAUCCAAACAUACUCACACACUGUCUAACUUGCAAAAAAUACAUUUAUUUGCGUCAUUUCAGUGAUGGACCGUGCUUAAAGCUCCAAAAGCUAUACAUUAAAUUGAGCUUCAUCUUUUUAUAGGAAUCUACCCAUUUAAUGUUAGCAUUUUGAUUACGAUUGUUAUUAUACAGAUUGUUUUAUUUUUCUAGCUCCAUAUAUGGUAUUGCUGAUUGUCAUACAGUAAAUUGAUGUUUGGUAUCUAUGCCUUCCUAUUGCACGUGGGGGAUGUAAUGUGUGAUUGGAUGCAGACUUGCAGCCACUCCCUAUUUAAGAUGGCUCAUUGUCACAACCCUUUUGCCUGACGGAGGUCCAGCACCGAAACGCCGCAAAUAAGUGUAUUUUUGCAAGUUAGACAGUGUGAGGGAGUUUGUUUGCAGUUUGACUCAACAGCUAUUCAAAUACACAUUACAUUACAUAAGAAUGUGAUGAAUACAAGGGCGCUUUAACUGUUAUCACUGACGUCAAUGAUUAAAUUACUGGAUAAAUAUUUAAAAUCCUACAAUGAUAAAAAUAGGAAGAUGUAAUCGAUUGUAUUUAGAAACAAAUGAUCUUUUGUAACAGUUUGUCUCUGAUUCCUACUGUAGAUAACGUUUAGUGUCAAGCCUUUGAGAAAAAAAAAAAAAAAAAA